GCGAAGAUGCGCGGCGCCUGCGGAAGGGCUUGGCGAGGCCUGCGGCUGUUGGGCGCGCCGGCGGGAAGCUGCCACCGGGGCCGGAGCGGGGGGCCAGCCAUGGCCGAGGUGGAGGGCAUGGGGCAGCGCAUGGUCUGGGUGGACCUGGAGAUGACUGGACUGGACAUUGAGAAGGACCAGAUCAUCGAAAUGGCCUGCCUCAUCACAGAUUCAGACUUGAACAUCUUGGCUGAAGGUCCUAACCUGAUCAUAAACCAGCCAGAUGAGCUGCUGGACAGCAUGUCAGAAUGGUGCAAAGAGCAUCACGGGAAGUCUGGCCUUACCAAGGCCGUGAGGGAGAGCACGAUCUCCCUGCGCCAAGCGGAGUAUGAAUUCCUGUCGUUUGUCCGCCAGCAGACACCGCCGGGCCUCUGUCCUCUCGCAGGCAACUCGGUUCACGCAGACAAGAAGUUUCUUGACAAGCAUAUGCCACAGUUCAUGAAGCACCUGCACUACCGGAUCAUCGAUGUCAGCACCGUCAAGGAGUUGUGCAGGCGCUGGUAUCCAGAGGACUACCAGUUCGCUCCGAAGAAGGCUGCUUCGCAUAGAGCCCUUGAUGACAUACGGGAGAGUAUCAAAGAGCUCCGGUUCUACAGGAAUAGCAUCUUCAAAAGGAAAAUGGACGAAAAGAAAAGAAAAUUAGUGGAAAACGGUGAAAACGAGAAGCCCGCCAGUUGAUCUCGCACCUUAUUCUCUAGCUGCAGCACAAGACACAAUGGAAUCUUCCUGCAUUUUCAGUUCCUUAGCAGCUAAAGCAGCUGCUCCUUUCUGUUCCUGUGCUUCCUGAACCAUGACUGCAUCCCAUACCCAAUACGACGGGCUUCCAGCGUUGAGAUGUGGGCUAGUGCCUUUAUCCUUUGACAGCUGUUUGGCUUAAGAGGCCAGAGUUCCUUUCGUACUUCAAGAGCUGUUUUAGUUUGGGCAUCGGCGCUCUCUUUUGUUACAGAAUAAAGCUAACCUGGCUGAAAAA